UUCCCUUCGAUGACAGAGAGCGAAACAAACAUGGCGACGGAGUGGAGCGGACGCGGCUUUAUGAGAACUUUACUGCUCUUUUGCUGCCUAAUGGCGAGCGGAAGGGCCCAGCCGGCGCUCUCGGAGCCGCGGGCCGCGACCCGGAUACUCGGCAUGAGGCUGGAGAGGAGCGACACGCCGGCCGAGACGACCGAGCGGGGGAUUAUUCAGGUGACCGAGGGCAGCGACAUCCUCUUCAGGUUCUAUGGGCUCCACUUGUUCCCCAACAGCUCGGCGCUCAUCAGGUUCACGGAACUUUACUCCAGCGACCAGGAGGACGACGACUACGGCGCCGUUGUGGUACCGAACCGGACUUGUUCCGAGGACACCAAAGACCUGGUGGUGAAGGGCUUCAUGGGUGUGAGUAAUCAUAACACCAGCGGGUUGCUGAACGUCUCCGUCAAGCAGCUCCGCAAAAGUGAGGUGGUCAAGGUGUUCGCUCUAUGCGUCCGAGACUUCCUUGGCCCGUUGGAGAGCUGGGCCCUGCUGGACGAUCAGGACGGCCGAGUGCGGGUGGUGGAGGUGAAGAAGUCCUUGCUGCCAAUCUGGCUGCAGGUCAUCCUCAUCUCCUUCCUGCUGGUGCUGUCCGGCAUGUUCAGCGGGCUCAACCUGGGUCUCAUGGCUCUGGACCCCAUGGAACUGCGCAUUGUGCAGAGCUGCGGCACCGAGAAGGAGAAGAAGUACGCUCGCAAGAUAGAGCCCAUCCGCCGGAAGGGCAACUACCUGCUGUGCUCGCUGCUGCUGGGCAACGUCCUGGUGAACACCACCCUCACCAUCCUCCUGGACGACCUCACCAAGUCCGGGGUGGGCGCCGUGAUCGCCUCCACCGUAGGCAUCGUCAUCUUCGGCGAGAUCGUGCCCCAGGCGCUGUGUUCUCGGCACGGCCUGGCCGUGGGCGCCAACACCAUCCUGGUCACCAAGCUCUUCAUGCUCCUCACCUUCCCGCUCUCCUGGCCCAUCAGCAAGAUCCUGGACUGCGUCCUGGGCCAGGAGAUCGGCACUGUGUACAACCGGGAGAAGCUGGUGGAGAUGCUGAAGGUGACGGAGCCCUACAACGACCUGGUGAAGGAGGAGCUCAACAUGAUCCAGGGUGCCCUGGAGCUCCGGACCAAGACGGUGGAGGACGUAAUGACGGCACUGAGCAACUGCUUCAUGAUCCACAGCGACGCCGUGCUGGACUUCAACACAAUGUCUGAGAUCAUGGAGAGCGGCUACACCAGGAUCCCCGUGUACGAGGGUGAACGCUCCAACAUCGUGGACAUCCUCUUCGUCAAGGACCUGGCCUUCGUCGACCCGGACGACUGCACCACGCUGAAGACCAUAACCAAGUUCUACAACCACCCGGUGCACUUUGUCUUCCACGACACCAAGCUGGACUCCAUGCUGGAGGAGUUCAAGAAAGGGAAGUCCCACCUGGCCAUCGUGCAGAAGGUGAACAACGAGGGCGAGGGGGAUCCUUUCUAUGAGGUGCUGGGCUUGGUCACCCUGGAGGACGUGAUUGAGGAGAUCAUCAAAUCUGAGAUUUUGGAUGAGUCGGACCAAUACACUGACAACCGCACGAGGAAGAAGGUGGCACCCAACAAGAACAAGAGGGACUUCUCGGCCUUCAAGCAUGAGAGCGAAUCCAAAGUCAAGGUCUCCCCUCAGCUUCUGCUGGCCGCCCAUCGCUUCCUGGCUACAGAGGUGAGCCUCUUCAACCCGACACAGAUCUCCGACAAAGUCCUGCUCCGAAUCCUGCGCCAUCCUGACGUGAUCCAGGAGAUCAAGUUCAACGAGAGCGAAAAGCGCUCGCCGCAUCACUACAUCUACCAGAGGGGCAAGCCGGUGGACUACUUCAUCCUCAUCUUGCAGGGUCGAGUGGAGGUGGAGGCUGGCAACGAGAACAUGAAGUUUGAGACGGGACCUUUCUCCUACUACGGCGUCAUGUCGCUCAGUGCUCCCAUGCUGGUGGCCGCACCCCGUCCUCGCCUCGUCUCCUUUAAGAGGUUUUCUCUGUUCUCUCGGUUGCCAGGUAAAACUGUUUCCUAUGACUCACUGAGGCCCCCUGCUGGAAGACUCACGCUGACCGAGUUCCGCUCGCCGUCCCACAUCAGCGGCCUGAACCGCACGUCCUCGCUGAGCGGCGCCGACCGCACCGAGUCGCUGUCGGUCGGCGGCAGCAACAGUCAGCUCAACUGCAGCCUUCCAUCGCAGCAGUACACGCCCGACUUCUACGUGCGCGCCCUCACGGACCUGCAGUUCGUCAAGAUCACGCGCUCGCAGUACCAGAACGGCCUGAUGGCGUCCCGCCUGGACAGCACGCCGCAGUCGCCCGAGAGCGUCCACCAGCUGGCCCGCGUGGCGUUGACCAUGCCCUCCAACAACACCCUCGCCGACCUGGGCGCGGACCCCGCCCCCACGGAGAACGGGCCCGACGAGACCACGCUGCUGCUGCUCAACGAGCAGAACUCGCCGCACGCCGCCAACCACCACGGCCAGCUGGAGAACAGCGUGUAGGGUGCCGCCCCCCACCCGCACCCCAACCGUCACCCCGCCCUGACCCGCGCACGUUUGCACGCAUGCACUGCUAUGAUUGGAUGUUUGGCGGGGAGGGGAGGAGUCUGUUUGUGUGCGUAUGUGUGACACGCCCAAGUGCACAAAGCCCGCCUUCAUGUUAUCGUUGGUUCCCUGUUUGUGAUUGGACCACUAAGCUCCUUCCCGUUCCCGCCCCCUCAGAACCUCCCCCUCUUGCACGUCAUGGCGCCUCUUCACUUUCCCGAACGACGAGACUCAGGGAGACUCCGCCCCCUCUUCCCAUACCCUCGUGUGCGUGGCUUCGUGUUGUCCGCCUGCCCCGCCCAACCCCCCCACCUCGUCCACACAGCUGGAGUCCAAUCAAAGGAAUCGGAUAUUCCGUAGAGAUUUGUUGUUGGCGACAAUCAGUGCGAUGAUGAAUGUAGCGUUUGGGUGGGUCGCGUCACAGGAACCAAAACAGAGAAACUUCGCUUUAACUGAUCGCAAACUUUAUUUAUUUAUUUCGUGCGAGGAUCACGGGGCCACACUGGGGCGGGUUAUGGAAAAAAAACGUUGUUAGUGGUAACAUUGCAAGAAAAAAUGCAUACUGAACGGAAAGUCGUAAUUUUUAGAUGAAAAAGUCACAAUGUUACGAGAAAGACGUUAGGAAAAGUCGACUUUCCUGCAAAAGUUUAUUCUCGUAACGUUAAAUUAUGUUGUUUUCCGCUUAACAUUAGCGUCUUUUUUUCUUCAACUUUUUCCUCAUAAAAAUGACAAAUGCGCGCACGUAACAUUUGACAUUUAUUAUUGCGUUCUUCAUUCUCGUUAAAAAAGACUUGAUUUCAACUAAUCCUCGUGAAUGAAUACUUCGCUCCCCGCUAUAGUCGCACCUCAUUCUUAGUUCAGCCUUUUCCUCGCAAAAUGAGGACUUUGCUGUAAUAUUUCAACUCAGCGCACACGAGUAGCUAAAAUAAGGAACCGGCGUUACGCUCCUUACGUUACGUUUUCUCAACAUUUCGCAUUUAUUCUCGCAGUAGCACGGCCUAAAAUGACAACUUUCUUUUUGUAACAUUUUAACGUAAUUUCCGUUAGAUGUGAAUUUUCGCAUUAUUUCACAUUUGUACGAAAAUAUUUCAACUUUCCGCUCAUGAAAUGAGUACGCUCCGUUGCCGUAGGAGGAUCUUAUUUAUCGCAACUUUAUUCCUCCAGUGACGUUAUUCCCCUAAAACCGCCACGUAUCCCUCGGAGAAUUGCAACUUUAUUCUCAGUGGUUUGCAUUUGUUCUCACACUUUAUUCUGGCAAUCGCACGACGCAAAAUGACAACUUCUCCGUCGUAAAAUUGCGACUUCCUUCCCGUGAUAUUUCAACGUAAUUCUUGUUACCUCCUUGGAAUGUUAGCAUCUUAUUCUUACUUGGACGUCUCCUAAAAUGACUUCAUUCCCGUAAUUGUUCAACUUGUAGAAUGAGAACUUUUUUCCUAAUUUGUAAAGUUGCAAUGUUAUUUUCGUGAUAUUUUGCGUUUGUGCUUGCGGUUACUUUAUUUUCACCAAAUUACGACAACUUAUUUCAACUUUACACUCAUGAAAUGACUACUUUCCCCGCUGCAAAAUCGAAAUCGCGGAUCUGAUUCUCAUCUCAAGUUCAUUCCUGUUUUGACAUUAUUUGCGUAAAAUUACAACUUUGUCCUCGUAAAAUCGCAAUAUUUCGCAUUUAUUCUCACACUUUAUUCUGGCAAUAGUGCGGCGUGAAUGAAAACUUUUUUGGCGUGAAAUUGCAGCGUCCUUUCUGUAAUAUUUCAACCUAAUUGCAAUGUUAGCAUCCUUUUCCCAUUUGGACGUCAUUCUCCUAAAAUGACUUCAUUCCCGGAAUAUUUCAGCUUAGAGAAUCACAACCUUUUUCCUAAGUCGUAAAGUUGCAAGGUUAUUUUCGGGAUAUUUCUCAUUUGUGCCUGCGGUUACUUUAUUUUCACGAAAUUACGAUUAUUUUAACUUAUUAAAUGACUACCC